UUAAGUUUUUUUUUUAAAAUAAAGUUUAAUAAUAGAUACUGAAAGUUUUAAAGUUGCUAUGAAUGACUGGCAAAAAAUUUGGAGAAAUGCAGAUGCUGUUUGUUUUGAUGUUGACAGUACUUUAAUAACUUCAGAAGCAAUUGAUGAAUUAGCAGAGUUCCGGGGAGUUGGAAAAGAAGUAGCUGAGUUAACCACAAAAGCUAUGGGAGAUGGUCUUUCAUUUCGCGAAAGUUUGUACCAGAGGCUGUCAUUAAUCAAGCCAAGUAAGGAUGUGCUAGAUGCAUUUAUAAAUAAAAAUCCAUUUGAGCUGAGCCCAGGGGUUGUAGAUUUAAUAGAAAUUCUAAAGAUUCGAAAUGUUGACAUCUAUUUGAUAUCUGGAGGCUUUCGACCAAUUAUUAAUGCUAUUGCUAAUUCUCUAAACAUACCUACUGAAAAUGUAUUUGCUAAUGAAAUCUUGUUUAGCAAAAAUGGUGAAUAUGAAGGAUUUGAUGAAGAAGAACCAACUUCAUCGUCUGGUGGUAAAAAGGUAGUAAUUGAAAAAUUAAUUGAGAAAUACAACUAUAAUAACAUUGUUAUGAUUGGUGAUGGAAUGACGGAUUUAGAAGCGUUUCCGCCCGCUCGACUAUUUAUUGGAUACGGUGGUAACAAAUUAAGGGAAAAUGUGCGCAUGUUGGCGCCUCAUUACGUGAUGCACUUCAAUGAACUUAUUGUUGCUUUUAAUUAAAAUAUUUUUUCAGUUUUGAUUUUACCAAAAAUAUUUAAAUUUUUAUUUAUAAAUUAUGUAUUUAUAUUUGCAUUGUAAGUACAAAAAAAUAUAUAUAUGCGUAUAUA